AUGGCCGCAGCAGCGUCCACCACACUCCGGCAGCAGAAGACCGCUUUACGCAAGAGUAUGCGCGUACUUCUCGCGAACCUAUCAAACGAUGAGAUACAGGCACAAUCGCGGGCGAUUACGAACACUCUCCUUGCACUUCCCGAGUUCCAACAGAGUAGGAAUGUUUCCUGCUUUCUCAGCAUGCCCUCGGGGGAAGUAGAUACGUCGGCUGUGGUUUCCACUAUCCUGAGCACAGGAAAAAACCUAUUUGUGCCCAAGACGACCGAUAAAGCCCAGGGCAUCAUGGAAUUCUAUCAAAUAUUCGACGAAGGCGAUCUCCGCGCGUUGCCCCGCGGCCUCUGGGGCAUCAGGGAGCCCGAUGAUGCGUACAACGGCAGACAAAGACCUACUGCGUCUACUGGGGGCGCAGAACCGCUCGACUUGAUCGUGAUGCCAGGAAUUGCGUUCGAUCGAUCGCUAUCGCGCCUGGGGUACGGCAAAGGCUACUACGACCGCUUCCUCGCGUCGUACGCCGCGACGUUGCGCGCGAGGCAGCAACUGCGUCCGAAGCUAGUCGCAGUCGCAUUCCGCGAGCAGAUUCUCGAGGCUGGGCAGGUGCCAGUCGGCGAGACGGACUGGAAAGUGGACGCGAUAGUAGGCCCAGAUGGGAUCGUGCGGUCAUGAUCUCGCGCGUCCUGCGCUGCGUGUACGCGUAUAUGUACGAGUACAGUGUUGUAGCGCCUCGUCGUCCAUUCCGCAGCAUGCCCCCUUAGCAGCACUACUCACUUAUCGUACAAACACCUUAGCGCCGCGUUGUGCCCUCUGUGACCUGCGACCCUGAGCGACUAGCAGCUGAAAAUGGCAUGCAGGGAGGGUGAACGGAGGGAACACGAAGGCCUGGCGGCAAGCACCCCCCGAUCGCAGCACGAUUUCCCGAGGAUUGUCCGCGAGAGAGAGCCACUGCUGCAAGGUUUGGUCUACAGCGGGCGGUAGGUGGUGCUGCUGCUGGCCGCGGCAUCGAUGGUGGCGUGCGCGAAGCACUGGCGGAGUGCGAAGUAGUGUAUGGACAACCUGGGGCGUGUGAGGUGGGCAGGGGUGCGCUG